AUUUUCAGGUGCGCACACGGGAGCAAACGCAUCAAUGAUGUGUUGCAUGCAGAGAACAGGAAUAUCUUUGAUUUUAUGUGUGGUAAUUGUAGCCUGGAAUACGCUUCACGUUUGUAAUUCGGUAAGAGUAGGAAAGUUCAAGGGCCAAAGUGAAUUUGCCUCCCACCAGGGUAAAGCGUCUACCGAAUGGGAGCGCGUAAAGCCAAAAAAUUACACGUCCGCCGAACAAGCACUUUUGAACCCAGGAGGACGGAUCAUCACAAAAGCUGCUCCGCUGGACAAAUCCGACCGCCUGGCUCCUCAAGCACACCUGGUUUAUCCCGCCGCCUUUCCUGGAGAGCCACUCACUCAUUUCAGUCCCCCCAAGCUCGGUGAAACUAACGUCAACCUUGCGCAAAAGGCCAUAGACACAUCUUGGAUCUUUGGUAAUGUAAAUGCGCACCAGCGGCCCCCGGCUCCUGACUCUGAGGCUGGGUACCAAGCGGACUUUACAGGUUUCCAAGGUGUCCAAGGCAAGGUUUUAGGCCCAUCAUUUGACGCCAGCCCUCAUUUCUCUGAAUGGCUGGCUUUGAGGCCCUUGGUGCAGUGUGAUGGCCAUAUCAUGACCCUCACCGCCUCUGGACUAGGAUCCACAAACCUGUUAGUGGACAGAGAGGGUGCCUCCCCCAUCUCCCUGUUCCAGUUACCUGCAGACUGUGGUUACUCAGUGCGGAUGUCAUGGAGAGAUCUUGUCAUGAUGGCACCUUAUGAUGGAUGUUAUAUCACUCAGGAGAAUGGCAGUUAUGUCCUGCCCAUGCUUUGGUGGGGCAACCCGCUGAAGCUGUUGUGCCCGGUGCAGGUGCUCACUCCUACUCCCUCCCCCUCCCACACGGCCCUCUCAGUCCUCUGCUCUUCCUACGGCAUUGCAGUCCAAAUACAUGGGAAGAAGGAUGAUAUGCCAAUAUUAGCAGUAGUGAAUGGGGAGUGGGUUCUGUUUAUAUCCCCGGAUUGUGCCCACCAUGUUGACUCCCAUCCUGGGGGAUUUAUGGUCUUCAUCCCUUUCAGUGCUCCUUGUGUCGCUGUUGAAGAUGGCCUACAUGUGCUGCUGCUGUUAGAUGGAAAGGGAUACACCCUCUCCUGUCCAGUUGACUCUUCCCUUUCCCCCUAUUCCCCCUCUUCUCCAUCUUCUCCCCCCGUGUCUCCCAGUGACCCUCAGUAUCCCUACUUCCCAGACCCUUUGAUCCCUAGACCCACUUCCCCUCCUCCUUCUCCUCAGCCCCCAACCCAGGAGCACCUCCACUACCAUUACCCUGGGCGCCAGUACCCCCAGCUGCCCCAGGCCUAUCCUCCCGGCCCACAGCAUGCCAAACCCUCUCGGCCCACUCCAGGCAGUCCUCCAGGAUCCCAGUUCCAGCAGUCCCAGCAGUCCCUCUACCCCAUGGGGCCUGGCCAGUUGCCCUACUCUCCAGGAGAUCACUCAAAUUAUCCCUUCUUUCCUUACCAGCCCUCUGAGGCAGACCAAGUCGGAUCUGACCCAAAUCUUACCCCAGGGCACGAUAGCCCGCCCCAUCAGCUUCCCAAAUUACCUGUUGGCCCUCCUCAACAUCCCUCUGGUAUGCAUUUUCCCUAUGAGCCGUUCUAUUACCCUCAAGAAACCACCACUGCUGUUCCUUCUACUGCUCCGCCACAGAAACUUCCUAUAGCUCCUUACCACCAUCAGUUUGAUUAUGUGCCGUACGUACCUUCACCCUUUGUAGCACCAGUUACCCAAGGACCUGCUCCUGCCCUUCCCUCCCCACCUCCUCCUCCUCCUCCUCCUCCUCCUCCUGAAGCUCCAAAGCAGCCACAGCACCCAGAUGUUUUGUUGUAUCCACCUGGUUCAUAUAACCCUUAUGAUCCCUAUGGGUCAGUUUCUUACCCGCAGCAAGUUGUGCCCACAGCUCAUCCCCAAGGUCAUCGAGCCACCUGCCCCCCUGGCGCUCACACUUUCUGUAGCUACAACCCUUACCCUAACUACUAUUACCCUCAUUAUCAUCCUCCCUACCCCCCACACCACCAUCCAUACUAUCCUCAUAUGCCCCUUUAUUCCUCUCCUGCCACGCCAACUGAUCAGCCAACUAGCUCCACCACCUCCACCACAACGUCUGCAGCACCUACCUCCAGUCAGCCCACUCCGCUGUCACCAACCAUCCAGUGCCAGAAAGGGAGGAUGGUGGCCCUCCUGCCCUCUGCUCACCCUGACUCCGUCCAUGUCAGAGCCGAGAAGAGGACAUGGCUGCUCCUCUCCAGUGUGUCACCCCUCUGUGGGUACAUGUUGCGGCCGGCUUUAGGCUCUGGAGUGAUCUUCCAGUCUCCCCUGCCUGCCUGCCACAGCCAGCAACGGACCCCCACCACCACGUCCUUAACCCUGAGGUUUUUGGACCUGUCCAUGAUGAAGCAUAGGACUGUGGAGCUGCAGUGUCCGUACCAACAGCCGCCGUUUACCCCUGCGCUGGUUGAUCCCAGCAAGACCAAGGGCCACCUCAAAACCUCCGUUGUCCCGAAACCUAAAAUCUUCUGCUCCCCUCGCCAUAUGAGCGUGGAGCUUCCCCCUGGUCCCAUUUCUGGAAUUAUUGUUAAGGACUUCAAAGGGAACCAGAUGAAACUUCAGGAUGCCCCAAAGCACUGUAGAUAUUCUGCGAGUACGGGAAAAGGUGGCCAAAUCAUUGUGGAUCUCCCUUUGAGUUCAGACUGUCAUAUGAGUAUACAGGGGAGAGUGCACCUGAUAAACAUUGUCUACAUGACAGCAAAUGGAAGAGGAGAGGCUCAGUUGUCCUGUCCGGUUUCCAUUACAGCGCCCGGUAAAGAAUGCAACCUUCCCAGUGAACAGCGUCUCCCCUGUGGCCCGGGCUCUCUAUCCCAGCCACAGUGCCUCUCCCUGGGCUGCUGCUUCAGCAAGCAUCCCCCUGCCUGCUACUACGCCAUGGAUGAGUGCACCAUUGACCGCCACUUUGUCUUCUUGGUGCCCGCCUCCCUCAUGGACCCCCCUUUGUCCCCUGCUUUGCUUGUUGCUGCUGGCGACGUCACCUGCAGACCUCAGAAAGUGACUUCAGACUACGCCCUCUUCAAGAUCCCACUUGAUGGCUGCGGGACACGGCGAAUUGAAGUGGGGAGAACGGUUAUCUACAUGGUGGAGAUCCUUAACAUGGUCCAGUCCAUCACGCUCAACUAUGGCACCAUCACCAGAGACGCGCCUGUAAGGUUAUUGGUAGAGUGCAGAUACCUGCCGGGCUCUGUUGUCUCCGUGAGCUACAUGGUCAAAAGUCCCUCCCUGGGACCUGCUAUUCAUGCCCAGGGUGUGAUGGGAGUUCAGCUCAGGAUUGCCAAAGAUGCCCAGUAUAGCAGCUACUACCCUCAGUACCACCAGCCCCUGCAGAUGCUGCUCGGGAAACCCCUCUAUCUGGAAGUGCGGCUGCUCAACUCUCCAGACCCCAAUUUGGUGCUGCUGGUGCACUACUGUGUGGCCUAUCCCCGCUCUGGACACGCUGUGUGGGUGUUGCUUUACAAUGGAUGUCCCAACCCCUUGGAUCCUGCCUCCCAGCAGACUGUGCUGGCUCCCCCUCCACCACCCACCCCACGGAGCCAGACCCGCAGGUUCACCAUCACCACCUUCCAGUUCCUUCCUGAUGGCAAAUAUCCUGAUGCUGAUGAGGAGAUCUACUUCAUGUGUUCGACUGAGGUCUGCUCGCCUCUUGAUGGCCCGUGUGUCGAGGGAUGCUUUGGCCAAUGAUGCUAUGACAUGGAUGAUGCCACAGGCGUUCCAAGACAAUCCCGCCUCAGGCGUCACUCUUUUCACCACCAAUAAAAGUUCUCCAAAGGAAACCAAGGGGGUGUGUGUGUGUUUCUUUUCCCAAGCUCACAGCCGCUGGGUUUUAUAGCAGGAAGUGCCACCC